CUUCCGGUCCCCCCGUUCCUUGGUAACAAUGGAGCACAAAAUGGCCGCCUGAGGGGAGCGGCGGGCGGCGGGCACACGGAGCUCGGCGACGGGGCUGAGCCGCGACCGAGCCCGCGGCGGCGGGGUAGGGGAGAGCCCGGGGAGAGCCCGGGGAGAGCAGCGCAGCGAGAGCUCGGGCGAGCGAUGCUGUGAAGGAUCUCUUCCAAAUGAAAAACAAUAUACUCUUCCAUUUGUCAAGAUGGAGAGCUCAGAUUCUAGUGAUAAAGGAAAUAUCGAUCAAUCCGAAGCACAACGUCAGAGUCAGCUAGAUCGGUUAGAUCGAGAAGAAGCUUUCUAUCAGUUUGUAAACAACCUGAGCGAAGAGGACUACAGGCUGAUGAGAGAUAACAAUUUGCUAGGAACACCAGGUGAAAUUACUGAAGAAGAGUUGCUGAGAAGGCUACACCAAGUUAAAGAAGGUCCGCCACAGCAAAACAGUGAUGAGAAUAGAGGUGCAGAAUCCGCAGAAGAUGUUUCAAAUGGAGAUUCUAUAAUAGACUGGCUUAAUUCAGUCCGACAGACUGGAAAUACUACACGAAGUGGGCAACGAGGAAACCAAUCUUGGAGAGCAGUGAGCCGGACUAACCCAAAUAGUGGUGACUUCAGAUUCAGUUUGGAAAUAAAUGUCAACCGUAAUAAUGGGAACACAAAUCCGGAAACUGAGAAUGAGCCAUCUGUAGAGCCUUCCAGUGGGGAGGAUUUGGAAAACAGCCAAAGUGACUCUGAAAUUCCAAGGUCUGAAUCACCAUCUGUAAGGCAGCCUGGAUCAGAAAGGAGCACUUCAGAGGAGCUAACAACUGAGGAAGCUUCUCCUAGAGGGCAGAGGAGAGCGAGAAGUAGGAGCCCAGAACAGCGGAGGACACGGGCUAGGACUGAUAGAAGUAGGUCACCUAUUAAUCCAGUGAGUGAGGCUCCUCGCAGGUCUCAUCACAAUACAUCAUCUCAAACGCUUGACCAUUCGUCGGUGAAUGAAGCUGAGGGAAGCUCUAGAACUAGGCAGCAUGUGACGUUAAGGCAGCAUGCAGUGGGGACUGACAUGCCGAGUGAAAACGCAGUUCUGUUUUCAGCCCCUGAAACAAGACCUGCUCCUCAGGCGGCAGGUUCUUCAGAAACUAAUGGUGCCAGUGAGUCUGCAACUCCUGGGCAGAGGCCUCCUACCAUAGUGCUCGAUCUUCAGGUGAGAAGAGUUCGUCCCGGGGAGUAUCGGCAAAGGGACAGCAUAGCCAACAGAACUCGGUCCCGGUCCCAGACCCCUAACAACACGGUCACUUACGAGAGCGAACGGGGAGGGUUUAGGCGCACAUUUUCACGUUCAGAACGGGCUGGAGUGAGAACUUAUGUCAGUACCAUUAGGAUUCCUAUUCGUAGGAUCUUAAACACAGGCUUGAGCGAGACUACAUCAGUUGCUAUUCAGACUAUGCUGAGGCAGAUAAUGACAGGCUUUGGAGAGCUGAGUUACUUUAUGUAUAGUGAUAGUGAUGCAGAUCCUAGUGGCCCCGCUCCAAAUCAGAACGUGGAUGCUUCCGAGCCGCAGAACGGAGGUGGUGGUAGUUCAGGCAAUGAAAGUACGGAUGUUAGCUCAGGGGAGGUGUAUGAAGGUGGUAAUGAAGGUGGUUCAACAUCUGGUGCCAGACGGGAAGGUCGGAAUACAAGAGGAUCGGUCACGUUUGAAGAAAGUGGUUCUCUCCCAUUCCUUAGCCUAGCACAAUUUUUCCUACUAAAUGAAGAUGAUGAUGACCAACCAAGAGGACUCACCAAAGAACAAAUUGACAACCUAGCCAUGAGGAAUUUUGGUGAGAGCGAUGCUCUGAAAACCUGUAGCGUGUGUAUUACGGAGUACACAGAAGGCAACAAGCUUCGGAAACUGCCUUGUUCUCACGAGUAUCAUGUCCACUGCAUCGAUCGCUGGUUAUCAGAAAAUUCCACUUGUCCCAUUUGUCGCAGAGCAGUCUUAGCGUCUGGUAACAGAGAGAGUGUUGUCUAAAUGAGAUCUGAAUUCAUGGCCAAGCAGCUAGUGUAAUAGUGAUGGGCAAAGAAGUCACUUCCUUUAUGGCCACUUUUUGAGUGGUACCUCAUUGUAUAAUACUGACUUGGAGUGAAUCUUCCCUCAUGAGAGCAUUUUCUCUGAAUUCAAACUUGUAAAAUCCUAAAAUUCCUUUAAUUAGGGGUUUCGACAUCUAGCCAGUUUGUGUGAUUAAAUUUCACUUGUCCAAAGACGCCUACCAAUUUAAAAAUACUUUUUUCUUUAUGAAGAGUAAGUUCUAGCCACUUCCUUCCCCCAGCCCAAUAAACAUUUUGUCCUAAAGAUUGUGCUUACGAGGAGUCUGAGAAGUCAUCCCAGCUUAAUGUACAUGAGUCGUAGAUGAUUUUCUGCAAGAAAUCCAACUGACUGAAAAAGAUAACACAAAUUUAAUUGCACACUUGAACAUGUUUUAAAUUUUCAUACUGGGUUAAUAUUGGACGUGUCUGUAAAUAACACUAAUGUUAGCCCUUUCCCCAUCACUAUGGCACGCUGUAGGAUGAGCUGUUAGCUUAAUUGGGAUAUUUAUCUUGUUGUGGAAAUAUAAGAAUUGCCUAUGCUUGUUUAAAUAAAAAAAAAAUCUGUUUUAAAAUUGUAAAGCUUUUUUGUAGAAGCUCAGUACUUUUCCAAUGCACUGUUGUACUAACGCAUUAAGAAUUAAAAUUGUACCAUGCUUAGAAAUUGAGAAUGCUUUUCAUACAAACCCCACCACACAGAGAGCAAACUAAAUACAAGAGAGCUGCUUUUGUAACUGUGUGCCUGUCAAGAGCAGUGCAUAUCUGUACUAUUUAUGUGAAAAGCUACUGUAAUAUAAAAACAGUUGAAUUAGACAUCUUAAUUGCAUUUAAGAAAUGGAAAUUAAAUGUUUAUAAUUGCAGUGUUUUGGCUCAGUAAUGUCACCCAAAAAGAUGAUAAAAGUUAGAAACUGUUCUAAUGGCUGUUUUUUUCUUUAUACGGUUCCUAAUAUGUAAUAAUAUAAACUGGUGCACACCAGUUUAUUCCGUGAGGUUUAUGCCCAGUUCUUGCAUUUUUUACUUUAAACUUUAAAGGUAACCCUGUAUGAUUCCUCAGCAGACAAAUAGUAACACCCCCCCCCCCCCAGUCAGCUUCAGCAAUAUCAGUUCUGUUCAGUGAACAUGAUCUAUUCAGUGUCGGUUUGAGUGCUGCAGAAAAAUAAGUGUUAAAUGGAAGAGAGAUUAAUUACUAGAAUGCUACGUUAAAUUUGGAGAUUAUAAUUGAUUACUGGAAUGUUUGUAAUGUUAUUCUUAAGAUUGGCUACGCAUUCCAAAACAGACUCCUUAUGCUCUCAUUGGAAGGUCUGAACAAUUACCUUUAGAAGUGUGUUUGUGGCACACAGAAAUGGAGAACCAGAAGCUGUGUUGCUGCCUCGAUGUGGUCCUGAGCAACCUGCUUGGGUGGCCCCACUCGAGCAGGGCUUGGACCACAUGGCCCCAGAGGUCCCUGCCAACUGCAGCCAGUCUGAUCCUGUACCUUAACUCAGCGGUGUCAGGGGAAAGUGUCCCUGCACUUCAAUGAGCUGUCUUUGUUGUAUUCUCUAGUGUUGUUCUUAUUUUUCCCCUAGUUUAUGUCUGCAACAGGGAAAGCAGUGUUUCUUUCACCUCCAGAGUGGUAGUUGCAAUGGGAUAUGAACUGCUCUUGCUGGCUGUAAGGGAAAUGUUGCGUGCUCCUCAGAUGAUAAAACCAAAGCUAGCCUUUUUUUUUUUUUUUUGCCUAAUUAAAAAACAUUUUUGAUGUUUUCUAGUGGUGGUUGCAUAAAAUACAGUCUCUGCUCUAAGCCAUUUUUAAUGUCUCAUCAGUUAAGGAGUCCACCGUGUCCCAAAAUUCACAUUUUUUUUUUAUACGUGUGCAUUUUGUGGUGUUUGGUUUAGUGGGAAGCCCUGACUGGCUAUUGAGCUUGCUUUCCUCCUGGUGGGACACACUGUCAUGGCACAAGGAAUAAGUGUUUUGGGGGGAUUUUGUUUGUUUUUAAGAGGGAUAAAUAAGCUCAUGCUUUUAAUUUUUUCCCUCUGUGACACGCAUCACUCUGAAAUUGGAGGUUAGCUAUUAACUUCAGGUGCUGGACUCUCAUGAAUGUAGGUAACGUAUUUGAUGCCAAAAUUUCUUCAACAAAAUAACACUUCUGAAUUUCUUCCAGCAGCAUUCACAUAGCAAAUACCUGCUAUCGGUUGCAGUUUCCAGUAGCUCUAUUGACUUAACUGGAGCGUAGAAUCAGAAGGAAAAAAAA